UAAAUAGAGAUUCACAAUAACUAAAUAAAUUGCCAUGUUCACAAAAUACACAAAAUCAACGGAUUUUACCGAAAUAGUGAACACAACUGUCGAUGAAAUCAUAACAUCAAUGAUAACCAAUGAGGAAACUGAUCGACCGUUAGAUCAGGAAAUGUACGCCAAUUUCCAAUACCCUAGUUUUGGCGUAGGACACGAUAUUAGCAACACGUACGCUAUUUAUGAGUUUAUACCAAUUAGUCGUUAUUUUAUGGCCAAUCCGUUGCAAAAAUUACAACAAAUAUAUAGCAAAUGUUAUGAAUACACAAUGAAUGAGCUGAAAAAACGUGAAAAUACUUACAACGAGAGCAAUGGUCAGGACUUUUGUAAAUUAUUUAUCGGCGCUCAACACACGGCAGAGGCGGACGGAAAGCCUGAGUUGGAGUACUUGAAUGACAAUAACAUUGCGGCCGUAGUUAUGGACAUGUAUUUAGCGGGAAUUGAGACAACAAACAGCACAUUAUUAUGGCUAAUAUUAUUGAUGACAUAUUAUGGCGAUUGGCAGCAAAAAAUGAGAGAUGAGAUCAAUGAUAAACUGGGCGAUAGGGCACCGGUUGUGGACGACAAACAAUGUUUGCAUAAUGUUAUGGCAUUUCUAUACGAAACUAUGCGCUAUAGAAACACUGGACCCAUUGGAGCACCGCAUAUGACAUUAGCCGACACUACAAUAGAUGGUAAAUAUCCAAUUCCUAGUCAGACACUAGUGGUUCAGCAUUUAUGGCAGAUAUUGACGGAUGAUAAACUAUGGCCAAAUAGCAAUGAAUUUAAGCCGGAUCGUUUUCUUAAUGAGCAUGGAAGCUUUACUUCCGUAGGCUAUUCAGCUUACAUACCAUUUGGUGCGGGGAAGCGAUCGUGUCCUGGUGAAUUUAUGGCUAUAAAUAGUCUAUUUCUAAUUAUGGUAAAAAUUAUACAACAUACUAAUGAUCAUCCAAUAAAACUG